AGCUCGCUCCUUAAUUCCGCUAGCUUGAAGCGGGUAGCGCUGGGAUAGGCCAUAAUAACCACCCAACAAGGCGUUGUGCUACUAUGGGGAAAUACCGAACCGAACCGAGAAUAAAAAACGGUUUUGGUUUAGUUUUUCGUCGAGGCAAAUGCUGAAAAAUCGCCGGAAAGUCGAUGCAAGUGGGAAUUCACGCAUAUUGGGGAUCAAAUGUGGACGUUGACGUCGAGCUGUGCGUAAUGAGCAGAGUUGGAAAAAGAAGGUGUUGAGCUGCAUUUUUUUCUCCCUCUGCCAGAGACAAGUUGGAUCGGAGUAGCGACUAAACUACGAGCCGAUACGAAGGAAAAUAACGCCUGCGAAGCUCCUCACUUUCUGGCAUGGCUGCCCGGGCCUGGGGCUCUGAGGAUGCUUCAGAGGAUCCGGGCCUGACCCGCGACUAAGCAUUGUGAGGAAUACACUGUCUGAGCAGAAUGACUCAGCAAGAGGGGGGACCCCCAAAUAGCAAGUGAAGAGACGUGAGAAUGGGCGCCAAUGGAUCCAGCUAUCCGCACUCAUGCUCCCCACGCAUCGGGGGAAAUGCGCAGGCACAGCAGACUUUUAUAGGGACUUCAUCCUACUCUCAGCAGGGCUAUGGCUGGGAGUCGAAGCUAUACAGCCUGGAGCAUGGCCAUGAGCGGCCCACAGACAGGAAGAAGAAGAGCCUUGGUCUGGCGACCCUCAAACGGAGGUUCAUCAAAAGGAGGAAGUCCAGCCGCUCAGCAGAUCAUGCGCGGCAGAUGCGGGAGCUUUUGUCAGGAUGGGACGUCCGUGACACAAAUGCCCUGGUGGAGGAGUAUGAGGGAACAGCUGCCCUCAAGGAGCUGAGCUUCCAGGCCAGCCUGGCUCGUGCCGAGGCUCCCAGCUUGCCGCGGGAUCUGGCCGCCCUGUACCAGCACAAGUACUGCACCGAUGUGGAUCUCAUCUUCCAAGGUACUUGUUUCCCAGCUCACCGGGCCAUCCUGGCUGCCCGCUGCCCCUUUUUCAAGACCUUGCUGUCCUCAUCCCCUGGUUAUGGAGCAGAGGUUCUCAUGGACAUCGAGACUGCUGGCAUCGAUGUGCCCAUGUUCUCUGCCCUACUUCACUAUUUGUACACCGGGGAGUUUGGGGUGGGGGGAGCAGAGGACACCAGGCUACAGAAUGUGGAUGUACUAGUGCAGCUAAGUGAGGAGUUUGGGACACCUAACUCCCUGGAGGCAGAUAUGAAGGGCUUGUUUGACUACAUGUGCUACUACGAUGCUCUGCUCAGCUUCUCGUCAGACUCAGAGAUGAUAGAGAGCUGUAAUGAGAGAGGGGCUAUGGCUGCAGCACCUACAGGGGGCUCAGGAAGCAGUGGAGGCCCGGGGACCCCAGACGAGGACCUACGGGCUCAUAAGGCUAUCCUCUCAGCACGUUCUCCUUUCUUUAGGAAUCUUUUGCAGAGGCGCAUUCGCACAGGAGAGGAAAUGACUGAGCGCACGUUGCAGACACCCACCCGCAUAGUGUUGGAUGAGUCCAUCAUCCCACGGAAAUACGUGCAGGUUAUUCUCCAUUGUAUGUACACUGAUGUAGUUGAGCUCGGGCUGGUGCUGCGUGGCAGCCCCUCAGCAGGCAGCCUAGGUGAAGUGCAAGCCCUGGUGUCAGGAGGCCGUGGGGCCAGCACACGCACCGAGGAGGCCAUGGAGCUGUAUCAUAUCGCUCUGUUCUUGGAGUUCAGCAUGUUGGCUCAAGGCUGUGAAGAUAUUGUUGUGGAAAGCUUGUCUCUGGACUCUCUCGUCCCCAUUCUGAAGUGGAGCUCUCAGCCGUACGGCUCCAAGUGGGUCCACAGGCAGGCUAUGCACUUCCUCUGCGAGGAGUUCAGUCAGGUUGUCACCUCAGAUGUUCUUUACGAGCUCAGCAAAGAACACCUUCUCAGCGCAAUUCAGUCCGACUACCUUCAGGCGAGUGAACAGGACAUUCUCAAGUAUGUUGUUAAGUGGGGCGAGCAGCAGCUUAUUAAGAGGAUGGCAGACAGGGAACCCAACCUGUUGAGCGGGACGGCCCACAGCGUAAACAAAAGGGGUGUGAAAAGGAGGGACCUGGAUGUGGAGGAGCUGAAGGAGAUUCUGUCUCCCCUCCUGCCCUUCAUCCGAACCGAGCACAUCUUACCUCCCAACAGUGACGUCCUCGCUGACGCGCUUAAAAGGGGUUUGAUCAGCACCCCUCCUUUAGACAUGCUGCCCACAGCCGAGGGGGGCAAAGCCAAUGCCUGGUUACGGCAGAAGAACGCAGGCAUCUACGUGCGUCCUCGCCUCUUCUCUCCUUACGUGGAAGAGGCUAAGUCUGUGCUUGAUGAAAUGAUGGUGGAGCAGACGGACCUGGUGCGUUUGCGACUAGUGCGUAUGUCCAACGUCCCAGACACGCUCUAUAUGGUCAACAACGCUGUGCCUCAGUGCUGUCACAUGAUCAACCACCAGCAAAUGGCAAGCAACGCAGCCACAGCUCCAUCAGUUGUCGCCAACGAAAUUCCAGUGCCUCAGCUGUCUGUGGUAAAGGAGAUGAUCCGGAGGCUGCACGAACUGAGACACACGGAACAGGUCCAGAGAGCUUAUGCUCUCAACUGUGGUGAGGGAGCCACUGUCAGCUAUGAGCUGCAGCUGCGGGUGCUGAGGGAGUUUGGUCUGGCAGAUGGAGCAACUGAACUAUUGCAGAACCCAUACAAGUUCUUCCCUGAUGAACGGUUUGGAGAUGAGAGUCCGAUCCUGGCCCUGCGCCAGGUGGGUCGUUGUCGGGUAAACAGCAGCCCAGCCAUGGAUAGCAUGUUCACAGAGCUGGAAGGAGUAGCAGGCUUCCACCCUCCCCUACCUCCUCCACCUCCCCCAUACCACCCCCCUGUCACACCCAGUCAUGCCCAGCUCAAGGGUGCCUGGCGACCUCGAGUGCCCAUGCCGACCCCCACCCGUUCCUUUUCCUACCCUUGCAACCGCACCCUGAUCCAGCGACAUGCAGCCACCAAGCAUGGCAGCUCAGACUACUCCUCUGUGCCCAGGCCCCAGCCCCCAGACUGCACCAACCCACAGGCUAUGGGCCGAGCUUUGCUUUCAGACCAGCAAGCGAUGAGCAUGGAGCCUGUUAUGAGGGAGUUCAUGCCUGACAUUGCACUCGGUGUCUCAGUUAUGUCCCUGAGGGAGCAGCACAUGGCAGAGAUAAACAGGGAAGGCCCUCACAGCCCCAUGGGCCCCUCAGGCCACCAUCUGCCCCAUGGGCCCUGCCCUUCUGUUCGCCUCAGUCAUGGCCACGGUCCUGGACAUGGACACUCCUGCAAGAGACACGCUCCUGAACCCAAACUGGAGGCUCAGGCUGAGUUCCCUGACCUGUAUGACUUCUCCUGUCGACCUGCAACCCCAACCUCCGCUCACCCUUUGCCCUCCUUUGCAGGACCAGACCUCUACAGCCACAACUGCACUCCCUCCAGCUCCUAUCCUCCCCCUUAUGUUUCUGACUCUCACUCCCAGGGCCACACGCAGGGACGAACUGCCCCAGACCCACUACGACUGGAUGUCCUCAGUAUAACCUCUCAGAGGCAUGAUGGAGUCCUUCCCAGCCCCUCUGGGGCCCAGCCCAGGAUGGGACAUAUUCCAAAGGGGCGAUCAAAUGAGACAGACCUGACUCAUGGCUUAGGACAUUUACGGUCCCCCAGUGGAAAUAUGGACGGCUAUGAGGAGAGGCACAUAGGACCUAGAGACGGCCCAGAAGACAUGGUUAUAGCUGGAGAAUCAUCUGGCUCGGGGUCCCUCCAGCAGCCUCACAGAAACAGUGUCAGCGAGGAGAUUGUCAGAGACCGCAGGUCACCCAGCAAGCCUGACUACCCUUAUAAGAAAUCUGCACUUUAACCCCAGUUCAGGAGCAGGGGUUGAGUUAAGAAAAGGGAAAAAGUGAUGAGUGGCUGUCCAUCGUCGUGGACAGCAAAGCACUAAAUGUGUGCCUGCGUGUAUGUGUGUGUGUUUGAGAGGAGUCGAGAAAAGGGGUGGUCGAUGGUUGCUAUUUAUAGAAUCUGUCCUUUUGUCCUACCUCUAUCACACUGUGCUAUCCAUCACACAGUCAGAGUAUGGAAAGACUACGAGCUGUAGGUUAGCCGUCAAUGCAAGUCUGCCUAGUCCUGCUGCUUUAGAGGAUUACUCAGGCUCUACUGGGAUGGAUUGGUCUCUUGAGUUUGACUGUUGAAGAGCUCUGUGCUCUAUGAAUUCUGUGUGAGGAGGUCACAACACUCGAUGAGUCUCAGUUAUGAACUGAUGGAUGAACAAAGACCAUAUCAGUUGGCUCUGUUGUCUCUUGCAUAGAAUGGGAAGAUCGCAGGAUAAGAAUCUCAGUUUACACAAGUGAACAAUGGCACACAGUCUGGGACAGAGUAUUGUAAUUGAAUCAUAUGUAAAUAUGCCUGACUGUGUUCUUUUCUCCCAUGACUCCAUUUCUUCUUGUAGCAUGCUUAUAGCAACCCACCUGACUAGUUUCCACCUCUGGGCCCUGGUUUUGCAGUAAUGGACCAACGCUUGGUUACACAAAGCAGGAAUUGGAUCUGACAGGAAGGAGGUCAUCAGAGCUGGUCAUUCUCCAGUAACCAUGUCUGAUAAUUGUGUCAGGUGUUGGCUAUCGCUGCCUCACUGUCUGGCUUAGAGGCAGAGGCCUGGUGUUUUCACAUGGGAGGGCAGAGGGGCAGGAGGAUCUCGGGCGGGUUCAUUACUGAGAUACAGUGGAAAAUAUAGGAGUGCCAUGGCAACUGACAUACAGCGGACUGCAAGGGAUUUGUUGGUUUCGCAGCUGGAGCAGGUGUGCGUGCGUGUGUUUGUGCAAGGAUAACUUUGAUACACACAGGUGUUUAGACAAUCUCAGUACUGUACACUCCCAUCUUUGGUCAGGUCUGUUUGUACAUAUCAGAGUCUGAGGCGAUUCAAAAAGUACGGCACAGAGUGUGGUGGUCAGUGUGUUGGAGUUCCCUCUCGUUCUGUUUAGCAUCAAGUAAUCAAAUCUAAAGCCUUAACUAGAGCUUGGAAUAUUCAGUUUUAGCAACCUUUAUUGAAUUAAGUAUGAUGUCAUUAUAUUGCAACCCCUGUUAACUGCUUAUUUGACUGUUCUCUUCACUACAGACACAUACACCGCAGUUUUUCGGGGUGGCAGAGGUGGAGUUUGCUAAUGGUAAAAACCGUGUAUAUACAUCAGGCCUCCAUCUCGCCACCUAAUGGGAGAUUGUGGAUGUGCAAAGCCAGUGUUGAUACUGUUAAAUAUACUGUUACAGAGCCGCAGCAGCUGUAGCUCCACAACCCUGCAAGAACACACAUAAAAGCCUGUUACAGCUGAAAGCUAGCAUAAAACCUCACACACGAGUAUCAUUGCACUGUAGGAGCCAUCUGUUUAUUAGCUGAAGGGAAAAGGAACAAAUGAAUCUCGAACAAAAGGAAUCUUAUAUUGAAGAAAAGUUGGCGAUUGCUGGCUCAUAUCUCCAAUGGAAAAAUUGUAUAUAAUGAAUUGAAUUCCACAUGUUCUGAUGAAUUUUUAAUGGUUUCUAUCACAUUUUAGUGGUUGUUGAAGGUCUGUGUUUUUACUGUAGUGGACAACACUGUGUAAUUGUCUUUGUCAUGAAAUCUCACUAAGAAUGUGUGGUAUAAAACAUAAAGAUUGUGUCUCAGAAUCUAUUUUGUUCUUAAAUGUUACGCAUUUAGGGCAGUUUGUUCAAUAUUGUAGGUGGUGUGGAUUACCAUGUUUGUAGAGAUGUUCCCCCCCCUUUUUUGUCUUUUACUUUAAAAGUAACAGGAAUAUGUAGUGGAUCUGAUGAUAUUAAGUUCUCUGCUUUGCAGUGGUGGACUUGCCAAGCAGAAAAAUCAUUUUUCCAUCUAGGUUGCUUCAUGGGGAAAAAAUGCAAAACUCCAGAUCCCUCCCCAUGUUCAUGUUGGGUAGUUGUUUUAUUUUCCAGGACAAUGUUCCAUUGAAUAAAAGUCCUUGUUUUGCUCUUUGCUGUAGAGAAGUCAGUGCCUUCCCCUGCCUGCGGCUGGGCUUUUAUUGGAGAAGUGACUUUGAUGUCUAUGCAAGCUCUUUUCUACCAGCUUACCAGCCUGCAUCAAAUAGUUCUUUGAAAUCUCAUGUAGCUUGUUUUGUGUAUAUAGUGUUAUUUAGCACCUUUUGAAAUUGAACCAUUGAAAAUGUGUGAUUGUGUUGAAAUGUAACAGGUACAUUGUACUUGUAUGGUAUCAUAGAAACCAUGUUUGUAGAUUGAUAUUAAGUUGCAUUUAGUUUCACUGAAUCUAUUUUUCUACUGUCACCUCAAAAAGGUGCAUAACAGUGGUUAACUUGGGCAUCCUCAAAAUAAACUGGUUUGAUAUUAUGGAAUUCAGUUGA